AUGAAUAUACAACACAAAACAAAAUUUGAGAGUUCUUAGUUUGAAAGAAGUCAAGCGAAAAUGAGAAUUGUUGCUAGAGUUACUCGAAGGAGAUCAAUCGAUUCAUUCUAUAGUUAAUCUUCUAAAACAUCCAAAUCCAAAAUUACUCUUCAUCUUAAAGACAAUUUAAAAAGAACAAGAAGUUAUUCAAAUUUUAUUUCUACAUAUGAUUAAGAUUCACACAUAAAAGAAGCAUAUUAGACUUCAAAAGGUGGCCAAGAUGAAUUCUUAAAAGGGCAAAAGAAAGAUAGUUCCCAAAGUAGAAGCUCAUCGCACCAAUCGUCUAUGUAACUAAAUCAAAAUAAUAGAAAAGAUGAUCUGAAUGACAUUUAUGAAAUUCGAAAAGAUGAAGUGGAUUUCAGAAAAUUUAACUAAAAUUUUUAGUUGGAUGUUCUUUAAUUGGAAGCCUUAUAUUAUUGGCUUUCAGUUUUUGGGUUUCAGCGUUCUGCUCCCUUAUAAAUCCCACCUUAUUUAAGCUACUACAUUUAUUCUUUAAUUUUGUAUAGAAGUGACUAUGCCAAAAUUUUGACUUAAUAUAUGGAUAUUUAUGAUAGAGAUAAUUAUCACUUAUGGUUAAAGAGAUAGCAAAGUAAAUACUUAAAGGAGAAGCUUUAAAAAUAAUGCAUAUCGUAAAUUUAAUUUGCGAGUGAUUUUGAAAUAAACCAUUAUUAUGAAUUUAUAAUCUUUAGUUAUCUGGACUCCUUUAUUCAAAAACUAAAUCUAGAUUAUAAAGUUCUUUUAGAUGAUUUCCUUAAAUAUUUUUCAUUAUCAAAUCUUUAAAAAGAUAAAAUAGAAUUAUCUUUGAAAGAAGAUUACAUUCAUCGAAAAAAUAACAUAGCCUUUGGAAAUAUCAGAUUUGUUUUCAAAUAAAAAGAUGGAAUUUUGGUUGAUUUUAAACUACCAAUAGGGAAAUUUGAAGACUAACAAUUUUGCGAUUAUGUUUAGUUUUAGACAGAGUUUGCUAAAUAAUUAUCAUAAGCUGAAUCAAUUUAGUCUUUUAACCAACAUCGUACUGAACCCCAUUGCGAAAGAACUUUGAUAUUAUUUCUUUUAGCAGACAUUGAAUUAAAUAAAUCUAUAUUUAAGAGUUUAAAUUAGGAUUUGAUUAAUUAAUAAAAAAUAGAUAAAAUUGAUAACCUUACAAAAAUAUGCCUGGAAAUAACCACUGAAAAUAGAGUUUGUAGUAGAUGUGUAAGUAUGUUUUAAUACAUACCAGUUGAGUUUAUUUGUAAAAAAUUUAAGUCAACUUUUGGUUUGAACAUAGAUCAAAAAUUUUAAUUUAUUAUCAUUUCGCAAUAUUUAUUGGAUCCUUAAAUAGAAUAACAAGUAGGAAAAUACCAAAAGAUUUGGAUAAGAACACCUUAGGGAUAAUAAAUUAAAUAGUAGUAAAAAUAAAAAAAAGAUUUUCAAACUCUUUCUAAUUAACAAGUGAACAGCUACUCAGAAAAUUUUUCAGAAAACAUUUAACCAACUAAAUAAAAUGAGAAUCCUUUAGAAUAAACUGAUUCUUAAUCAAUUCCAAAAGAAGACUUUCUAAAAGAGAAUUUGCAAUAAUAAAUUGAAUAGGAGGAAAUAAAAGAAUAAGAAUUAUUAGUUUGUUAUGAAGAACAAGAACCUACAGGAUUGGUUUCUGUGUUAUUAUUAAAAGAAAGAUAUUGUGUUGGAGAUUGCAGUAAUUUCAAAGAAAAAGUUGAUCAAAUAAAAAUUACAAAUACAUUUUUCUUAAGUAAUGAAAAACAAGAAACUCCCUCAUAGAAUUCUUAGAGUAGCAAAUAAGAGAUUAAUAUCGACUCUAACUCUUAAUCAUCAAGAUAGAAAUUAUACUCAAAUAGAUUAUAUCUUGAGUUAAUAUUCUACAAAGAAAAAUUUGUAAAUCUUCUUAAAGAUUUUUCAAACAUUAUAGAAGGAAAAUAAUUCUUAGUCUAAAAUAAUUUUUAGAAGCACUAACAAACUUUUAAAAAAUAAGAAGAUCUAUUAUUAGAGACUAGAUCCUAAUUUUAUACCUUAUUAGUAAAGAAAUUUACAUCUGAAUUUAAAUAACUAAACACAUAGUAAUUCAAUUUAAAUACGAUCUUGAGUAUCUACUGGGAGAUUGGAACUCUUUAAGGUAUUAAGGCAUCUCAUGCUGAUUUAAUUGAUGCUUUAAAAGAAGAAUUAAUGCUAAAUAGCAUUAUUUAGUGUGGAAAUUUUAAUAUGGCAUUAUUUCUAUCUGAUUAUACAUUCUUAAGCAAAUUCAUUACUCCAUAAAUUUCCAAAGAAAUCAGAAAGAAAAAUGAAAACUUUAAAAUUUUAAUUAAUUUUUGUUAAGUACAAAUAUUUGGUCAAGAAGAGUCUGGUAACAUUAAAAAAAUUUUUACUUUCAACUAGGCUAAAGAUUGUAAUUCACUAUCCUAAUUGAUAGAGUAACAAAUAAAUACAGUAAUCAAAAAAUUUUAAAAUAUUUUAAUAACUAUCUUGUCAGUUGAUAGGAUUAAAUAAUAAUGUAUAGAGAGAAUUAAUAAUUAAAUUCUUAGUUUCCAUCAUUCCAAUAUAGAACUUAAGUACUUUUCUAUUAAAUAAAAGUAAAGAUAGCAUGUUUAAUAAUUCUAAUCAAGAUAAUCAUAAAUAACAGAAUAAGAAUGGGAUCUUUUAGAAAGUGAAUAUUAUAAAUAAAGAUAUACACUCUCAAAAGAAGGAUUGUUCCUUUCUUAUAAACAAUUGAGUGAAAAUAUUGAUGAAGAAUUGUUUAGUUUUGAAUGUUAGGUAAAGUUAGUAAUUAAUUAUUUAUAGCUCCACAGUUAGAAUAUUAAUAUGUGA